GUUGUGAAAAAAAAGUCUCCUCCGGCUCUUGUGCUUUUUGCCUUAAGUCUAUUUCUGGAUACUGACAUUUCUACCCUUGAAAACAGUUUCCCUCUUUAACUGUUAAGCCCUUCAUGGUUUUGAGCACCAUAAUAAAAUAUCCUCUUCUCUGAGGAGGACAAUGCCAAUUUAUCAAAACUGUCCACAUAAUGUCUCACCUCAUUCUUCCAGUCAAAAUGAAUCACCUUUCUGCAUUGGAAUUCAUCUGCGAAGUCUGUCUACCCAGUUUACUAGUCUGUAUCCUCCAUUGUUACUCUUUAUUGUCUGAUUCAAUGAUUCUUGACUGUCAAACAAGCAAUAUUCCCUUUGCCUCUCUUUUUAAAGAAACUUGAUGAUCAACAAAGGUCUUGUCCUGGGACUUGGGUCCAAGAGUAAUUGGCAUGAACACCUGGUCCAUCCAUAUUGCAGCUGAACAUGCUAUUGAUCCGGUUUAGCUUGUAACUUGGCCAGUUUGUUAACCCAGAAUGAUUCCAACAAUGUUGGUUCAAUUCCUGCACCGUCUGAGGUUAGCAUGAAGGAGUUUCCUUCUCAAUCUCUCACCCCAUGUCCACCAAAGUCAUGUCUUCAACGGGGCAGCAGUACAAUGACGUGGCAAGAUCGGUGGUAACUUUACCUUGACUUUCCGAACAACCUGUUCGAUGACGUUAUGCCACACCUGUGGUUCAGGUGGGACUUGAACCCGGGCCCUCCCUGGCUCAGAGGCAGGACUACACCCACCGCGCCACCUCCCGCACACGACGACAGGUGCCCGUUCGGGCCGCAGUGCGCAGGCGUGGGUCCUGGCAGCGCUUGGUGCGCAUGCGUGCGCCGGUGGCUCCAGCAAGGGUCCAACCGUCAGAGAGCGAGCGGCGGCGCGAGCGCAGGGCUGCGCACGGCUGUCAAAAAUGACAGAAGCAGAGAAGGACCUGGUGGCUAAGAUGCUGCGAGCAGUCCUGCAGUCGAGCAAAGAUGGUGUGCUUUUCACAAGGCUGCAGGGAGAGUAUAAGCAACUGACGGGUGAAGUGAUCCCUCAUAAGCAGCUUGGAUUUCCAACUCUUGAGAACUAUUUGAAAAGCAUUCCUUCAGUUGUCACGUUUGGAGUUAAUAAAAAUGGAGAGACCGUUUGUUUUGCUGCUGUAAACAGUGAGAUUGCACACAUCGCUAAACUGGUGGCCCGUCAGCGAAGUCCCAAGAAAAGGCAUGGUGGCCAAACAUUGGUAAAUUCCCAAGUGCGAUUAAAGCGUGUUUUGCCAGCCACCCAAGUUGGCAAACCUAAAGCAACUUUAAGGCAACCGGAGUGUACUAACCAGCCAGGCAAAGGAAGCCGCAGGACUCCAAUGCCUACAAGAGGAAAAGGAAGUGUGCAAGGAGCAAAACCUGGUUUGGGAAGAGAUGUGCUUUCAGAUUCUAAAAUACACGUCCCAAUUGCUGGUAUACUGAAGGAUGCUUCAAUUCAUAAACCUCUGCCUGUUACCAUCAAUAGAUCUGAAAAAAGGCCAACCAUGACGUUUCCUCCAAGAUUUCAAAAAGAACUUCAGGUGCACUUAGCAAAAAACACACCAAGUGAAUAUAGUGUGGUUUGGAGUGAUGACAUAGAUUCCAGAAAAUCAAAUUCAUCACCGCCUCAAUCCAGCUAUGAUGAGUUGAUACAGUCUCGAUUGAAGGAGAUCAUGGACAAAUACAGUAAUGGAAUUUGGCUAUCGAAAUUGCCACAAUUGUACAGAAAGAUGUUCAAUGAGGAUCUUCAGCAAGAUGUUUUAAAGCAGUUAGAACAAUGGACUCAUAUAUGCACUGUUGAAAAGUCAGCAUCUAGUGGUUUGGCAGAAUUGCUGCUUUACCCUGCAAAGAGUGGCCAACAGCAAAAGAAGUCAAGUUUUCAUCCAAAGUCAGCUGAUAAAAAAACGGAUAUAUCAGUUUCUAAAAAAAGUGCAGCUCAAGGAGGGAAACUAGUUGCACCUAAAAGCUUAGUUCCAAAGGAUUUUGAGGUGAAACAAAAAGUCAUUAAGCUAUUACAGAAGUACAGCAGUGGACUUUGGGCCAACGCACUUCCAAAAUUGUUUGAAGAGACAUACAAAAUGCAGUUUCCUCAGAAUAUUUUAAAUGAUCUUGACUGCUUAUCUGACAUUUGCACCGUGGAUUAUGCAGUGUCCGGCGAUCGCAAAAAGGCAAUUCUUUAUGCAAAAAUGGUUAAAACCACCAAUGAGCAAAAUGAUAAACCUAAAGAGACACUCCCUCCAGUAUUGGUGACUCCCACUGCUUUGGUGAAACCUGAACUGAAAGAGGUCAUCAGUGAGGAACAGUGUGAUCUAGGACUUCAGUCUCACAAAACCUGUAGUGAUCCUGAACAUCUGGCAUUAACUGAAAAUGAGGUGACUGUGGUUACGAGUGAACUUAAAGAAAGUUGUUCGAUGCAAUCUUUGCCUUCCCCACUCAGCAUCCCUGCAGAGCAAUUCCCGUCCGUGUUGGUUGUUGAACUUCACAACACCUCUGAAGCUGUUAUCAGAUACAUUGGGCCAGAAUAUUCUGGUGCUCUUGAACAAAUGGAAGAUGCAAUGAAAGAGUACUACACUUACACUGGUGAGCUGAUACCAAUGAAUUCACAAAGUACUGGACAACUUGUGGCUGUUAGUGCUGAGGAGGAUUCCUGGUUAAGAGCCCAGAUUGUUUCAGUAGAUGCUGCAAAAGUCAAGGUGUUCUUCGUGGAUCAUGGGUUUAAUGAGGUGGUUGACAAGACUAAGUUGUACAAGUUAGAUGCAAGGUUUUCUACCUUGUCCUUUCAAGCUGCAAAAUGCAAACUAGCAGGUCUUGAAACAUUCUGCAAAGAGCCAUGUGUAUUAGAAACCUUUGAAUUUCUGGCCAGUGGAAAGAUUCUGCUGAUGGAAAUUUUAGAGAGAAGUGAGGUCCCACUUGUUCUUCUGUACGACACUUCAGGAGAUGAUGAUUUUAACAUCAAUUCUGCAUGUUUGAAGGCUUUGCAUGACAAGACACUUGAGCUGAAUUUGAAGGAAAAUGGUGUGUACCUGAAUGUAGUGGUUACAAAUGUCUGUUCGGAUGGGACCAUCUUCUGUCAAGUGCCCUCAAAAGGGUGGACCCAGCUCAAUGCCUUAUUGGAAAAAGUUGAGCACUAUUUCAGCUAUCGGCAAAUCACAUCGGACUAUUUUGUCUCAUUACCUUUCUGUGGUAAGCGCUGUUUAGCGCGAUGGCGAGGGAAAUGGGCACGCGUAGAGAUUACCAAUGUACAUGGGACAAGAGUUGUGGACAUUCUGUUCUUAGAUACUGGAAUAGUUGCAUCUAUUGCAGUGUCAGAGCUAAGGGAAAUUCCAUCUCCACUUCUUCAUGAUUUUGUAUCCAUUCCACCGCAGGCCAUUAAAUGCUGCUUAGCAGACCUCACGUUUAAUAUAGGCAUGUGGACUCCGGAUGCAGUACUGUGGCUUAGAGACACUGUGUUAAACUGCUGUGAUUGCAGCAUUAAGGUUGUGAAAGUUGAUGAAGCUAAAGGACUAGUUCAUAUUUACUUAUUUACUUCAAAGAAUUUUCCUAAUCCAGAGCGGAGCAUUAAUCAUAAAAUAACAAAUGCAGAUCUGUGGAAGCACAGGAAGGAUGUUUACCUGAGUGUUGAACGGAAUUCUACUACUAGCUUUCCAAGCAAUAAGGGUGAUGCAAAUAUUGCCUCAGAGUUUGACACUAAAAGCCCAGUUAAGGACUUUGGGAUUGCAUCUAUCAAGAUGAUUGCCCCACACAUUGUUCACAAUGUGCUUCCUUCUCCAUUUGUUCUGCCACAGCCUGGUGAGCACAUGGAUGUCUUCAUUUCAGUUGCUUGUCAUCCAGGGCACUUUGUUUUUCAGCCCUGGCAGGAACUGUACAAGCUAGAAGUUCUCAUGGAAGAAAUGGUUCUCUAUUACAACAGUACUGAGUGGCAAUCUGUGCCAAUAGAAAAGAACAAAAUAUUUGUUGCCCAACUGGAUAACAAAUGGUACCGUGUAUUGGUGAAAGGAAUACUUACAAAUGGUUUGGUGUCAGUGUAUCAAUUGGACUAUGGUCGACAUGAACUAGUGAGUUGUAGGAAAGUUCAGAUGCUGGUACAACAAUUCCGUCAAUUGCCUUUCCAAGCCAUUACAGCACAGUUAGCAGGUGUCAAAUGUGAACAGUGGUCGGAAGAAGCAUCAAUAGUUUUCCGUAACCAUGUUGAGCGAAAGCCUCUUGUGGCCCAAAUACAAUCAGUUCAUGGGAGUGCAUAUCCCUGGGAUAGAAAAGUGGUGACUUACUUGGUGGACACAUCCCUCCCAGACACAGAUGUCUGGAUACAUGAUCUGCUGACAGAGUACCUUGUAGAGCUGUCAAAAGUUGCAUAAUCAUUGUUUACCUUAACAACAUUUUAAAAUAACUUUAACUUCUGACCAUUAGCAAUAACUGAAAUGAGAGCACAAUACUAAUCUAGUUUGCUGUUAUUUACAAGGUUUUCAAAUAACUUGGGGAUGGAAUGUUAGUGAUUCUAAAGAACCUCAUGCUUUGUUUGUAUAAAAAAGAACUUAACCAAAUGACUCUUUUUGUCCACUUACCAAUGUUUGGAUUACCGUACUAAAGAGAUUUGUUUAUUGAAAAUGUGCUAUUGGUUUGCCACUUGCCUUUGCCAUUGGCCAUGUAUUGAAGUGAAGGGUUGUGUAGGAAUAAUAAACUAAUUAAUCAUUCUCA